UGCUGCUAGCAGAGCGCACCGGGCGGGCCGGGCGAGUGGCCAUGGCGGGCGCCGAGGACGGGCCGGGUCAGCAGCCGGAGCUCGACGAGGAUGAGGCGGCGUAUUGCCGGCGCUGGGGCGCGCAGCACGCCGGGGCCCGCGAACUGGCCGCGCUCUAUUCUCCAGGCAAGCGCUUCCAGGAGUGGUGCUGCGUGGUCCUGUGCUUCAGCCUCAUCACCCACAACUUGGUCCACCUGCUGCUGCUGGCCCGCUGGGAGCACACGCCUCUCGUCAUGCUGGGUGUUGUUGCAGGAGCUCUCAUUGCUGACUUCUUGUCUGGCCUGGUGCACUGGGGAGCUGACACUUGGGGCUCUGUGGAGCUGCCCAUCGUGGGGAAGGCUUUCAUUCGACCCUUCCGAGAGCAUCACAUCGACCCCACAGCCAUCACCCGACACGACUUCAUCGAGACAAACGGCGACAACUGCCUGGUGACCCUGCUGCCCCUACUGAACAUGGCCUACAAGUUCCGCACCCAGAGCCCCGAAGCCCUGGAGCCGCAGUACCCCUGGGAGUGCUUCGUCUUCUGCCUGAUCAUCUUCGGCACCUUCACCAACCAGAUCCACAAGUGGUCCCACACGUACUUUGGGCUGCCACGCUGGGUCACCCUCCUGCAGGACUGGCACAUCAUCCUGCCACGCAAACACCACCGCAUCCACCACGUCUCCCCCCACGAGACCUACUUCUGCAUCACCACAGGUUGGCUCAACUACCCUCUGGAAAAGAUGGGCUUCUGGCGACGCCUGGAGGACCUCAUCCAGGGCCUGACCGGCGAGAAGCCUCGGGCAGACGACAUGAAAUGGGCCCAGAAGAUCAAAUAGCUCCUCCGAGCCUGCCACCUUAACUGCCAACCUUCCCCAGCCCCCCAAACCGAAGCCAUCUGCCAAAUUCCAGCCUCCUCGUGCUGACCCCUCCAGAUGGAGAGGACGCCUCCUGGGCUGGGCCCGGGCACCCCCCAGCCCACCCCUUGUGACACAGAAUACUUGAGCCACUGAUUUUUC